CCGUUUAUUGUCCAGGUACACCCCCACCUGUAGCUAGUUUCUAUGUUCACUUUUCAUUUGCUUCAGUUCGCUUUAUUUAUCCACAGAACAUACCCCCUGGGGGGAUAUUUUGUGUAUUUAUCUUCGAUGCUUUGAUAGUACUGCCUGACAAGUUAUUGUCUGAUCUGCAUCAGUAACCAUUCAGUAAUCUAACCUCACUUUUCGGCGGAUGGUUUUAGUGUGUGCACCUCGUGCUUGAUAUUUAUCGGUGCCCGAUCAGUGGGGCAUUCCUACGAUGGCCGACGAAGAAAUGGAAGUAUCCAGCGCUCACAGCUCUAGUUCUGAAGAUGAUGAAAUCGUUGAAGACACCGAGCAGGAAAUCGACAGCGCGCCGCAGGUUUACCUUCCAGACAGGCCUUUGGAGCAGGGCGAAGAGCUAACAUGUGAUCUCAGUGCUUACUUGAUGUACCAUCAAGCCCAAACCAGUGCCCCGUGUCUAAGUUUCGAUAUUAUCCAGGAUCGCUUAGGUGCAAAUCGGGAGACUUUUCCUCUAACCGCGUACCUCGUGGCUGGGACUCAGGCUGCCGACUCCCACGUGAAUAAUGUUAUUGUUAUGAAAUUGUCAAAUCUGCAAAAAACCAAAAAUGCGGAUAGCGACAAUGAGGAUGAAGAACUGUCGGACGAUGAAGACGAUGUCAGCGAUCCGAAGAUGGCAGGUGCGAUGAUAAAGCACAUGGGUUGCGUGAACAGAAUCAGAAGCACCGUGGUGCAAGAGACAGCUCUAGCGGCAUCCUGGAGCGAGCUGGGUAAAGUGAACAUUUGGGACUUGACGCCUCAGCUGCAGGCCGUGGACUCUGACCAACUUCUAUCGCAGUACAACAAGGAUAACAAGCAAAACUCUUUAAAGCCGGUGUUUACAUUCACCGGACAUACAACCGAAGGUUUUGCCAUGGAUUGGAGCCCAACUCGACCGGGGGUUCUAGCCACCGGAGAUUGCAGAAAAGACAUCCACAUUUGGAAACCAACAGGCAGCGCGUGGCUAGUGGAUCAACGGCCGCUAAUUGGACACACCAACUCAGUGGAGGACUUGCAAUGGUCCCCAAACGAGCCAAAUGUGUUGGCUAGUUGUUCCGUGGACAGUAGCAUUCGAAUUUGGGACACCAGAGCGCAUCCCGCUGAAGCGUGCAUGCUCACUUGCAAUCGCGCCCAUGAAAGCGAUGUCAACGUGAUCAGUUGGAACAGAAAUGAGCCCUUUAUUGUUAGUGGAGGAGAUGAUGGAUUUUUAUACGUUUGGGAUCUGCGGCAGUUCCACCGAAAGAGCCCAUUAGCCACAUUCAAACACCACACGAAGUCCGUGACUUCGGUGGAAUGGCAUCCAACGGAUUCAGCAGUAUUUGCGUCUGGAGGCUCAGAUAAUCAAAUCGCCCUGUGGGACUUGUCGUUGGAAAAAGAUGCCGAAGCUGAGGAAAUGGAGGAAGUACCUCCGCAGCUACUAUUCAUCCACCAAGGGCAAAAUAAUAUCAAGGAGCUGCACUGGCACAAACAGUUGACUGGAGUACUAAUCAGCACUGCCGAAAGUGGCUUUAACAUAUUUAGGACAAUUAGUGUAUAAAAAUCUGUGUAUUAAACGUUUUCUUCACUGGCAUUAUGUCGGUAAUAUGUUUAUAAAAUAUAUGUAAUACUUUUCGAUA